ACGGUCUCCGGGGUAACGGGUCUCCGGCUCAGGCAUCCAGAGUGUUAACCUCCUGCUCUCGAUGUGCUAAAUCACACGGCGGAAGAACCAGCAGCCGCCUGCCGUGGACUGUGCGUAAUAUAAUAAGGAAUGCCGACUAUGUUGAAAUUACGCACGGAUAUGAAGCCAUACGCGUUGUUUUUUGGAGCAGAUUUCCAUGUCAGAUUUCUGUUUUUAUUCAAGGAGAAUUAAACUCCAAGUAAAUUAGUCAUAGAAGUAAAAAGUCUGCUGGUUCUGAAGUGGCUGCUGUUCCUGGCGAAACCAUAUAGCUGAUGCCGCACAGACAUCUCCAGCGACGUCACGCAGUUUGGAGAGGGGGCGUCAGUGUCAGUGCGCCUGCACGAGCACAUAUACUCUGUGCCAUGUUUACCGCGAGCACUGAGUUUGAGAUCGGACUUGCACGAGGAGCGCGUGAGGACUCGUCUGUGGAACAGGAGAUAAAACCAUGAUGAGGAGCUGCGGAGCUGUGGGCUCCGGCCCUUCUCUCUGAUGUAGUUAAGUUUUUUUUUUAAAGGAAGAUGAGAGCCUUUGUGUUGAGGCUGAUGAGCUCAGGAGGAUUUCUAAAGGGAUCAAUCACAGGUUACACAGAAGAAAUGUCCACAACUGCAAGUCCAACCAUCCCCUCCUCGCAGCUGACAUCAGAACAACUCACUGUGGUCGCUGCGUCCUUCUCUUCUCUGGUGUUCUUUGUGGUUAUUGCGGUGCUGCUGUCCAUUAUUUAUCGCAAGGAUCCACAGUGCUGCAAACUCCGCUCCUAUCAGCGGCCUCAUGCAGAUAUGGACGCUCCUCCUCAGUACUACAGCAGCAGACAGACUCUGGUGGGAUCUUCUUGCCUGGAGCAGCAGAUCAUGGAUGACAACAACAGUCAGACAGGUCAGCUGUUCUUCGUCGGCCUGCCCUCCAGCUACAGCCUGCCGACGCUGGACGCCCCCCUGCCGAGGCUCCCCUCCUACGAGAGUGUUCGAAAAAAGGACCGCCAGAGGCAGAUCCACAUGAUGAUCGCAGACCGCUUCGGCCUCAAUGGACCCAUUGUGACUGAGCCUCCUCCCACAUACGAAGAGAGUAUCCGCCAGUCUAUGGAGCUGCCGUACAACAUCCUCUCACCUGCUGUGGACAUCUCUCCACCUCGGACCCUCUACACCAACCCAGGAGCUGACAUUCAGAGCGACGCACCUCAUCCAAUCAACUUGGACGCCAGCACCACCGUUCUACAUGUCUGAUCCUCAUCGACUUCUCAAGCUGCCCGAUGAAUGUGAAAAGAACUCUGUAGCUUUACAGGCUGAUCAUGACUGGAUCCUUCACACGUUCACUGGAGCUGAGUCAGAUUCCUCAAGACUGAGGGGGAACCAAAGAGGAGCUGCACAGCCUGCAGGAGAGGACACAUUUGGCUGGAGCACACGAAUGUUAAAAACACAGUAAAGGGCGAAACUUGAUAUGAACAUUUUCUGAGGUGGCUGGUUCAUCCGGAUGAGGAUUUGGGGACGACAGGGACUGAAAUACACCAAAAAGGGACCCACUGUGUACUUUUCUGAAUAUACUCUGGCAGUGAAUUAGUUGUUUGCUGUUUGCUUUACUCAUUUUUCUGCCGUCCCUCAGCCUCAGAGCUCAUCGUCUGGUUUGUGAGGUUAUCAGAGGCCUGUUUUAAUGACUGAGGCUGGGCCAUACUGCUCCAGCAUAUCUGGUUCAGCCUGUGGGGUUAAAAAGGUGCUAAUGAGAGUGCCUUUCAUGAAGUUAUAAUAAGACAUUUCUUAUUUUUUAUCAUAUUACCUCAGUUUUACUUUUCUCACUUUAUUAUCAAACAUUUUGUAACAUUACAUUUGAUAUAAUUUGAUGUCAGGACAGAAGGUGGAUUUGUUUGUUCUCUUCUCCAAAAAAAACGUUCAAGUCCUCAGCAGCAGUGAAUGUGAAAUGAAAACAGUGGAGGAAUAAUAAGUUCCUUAUUGAGACUUGUUUUGUUUGCUGUUAUUUUCUGCGACUUACAAUGUAAACAUGAUGCAAAAUGUCCGUCCUGCGUGUUGUCCUGUACUGUAUUUAUUAAAAAACAAGUGACUCAUCAUUA